AUGUGGCUUUCAGAAUCUCAAAAGUUUGGCGUAGCGUUCACUUUUGGUGGAUGCUUGUUUUUCGCUUUUGGCGUGGUGACAUUCUUUGAUCGUGCAUUGCUCGCCCUAGGGAACAUUUUGUUUUUGAUUGGCCUUCUGUUAAUCAUAGGCUCUCAAAAGACUUAUACGUUCUUUUCGAGGCCGAAUAAGAGACGGGGGUCCUUUUUCUUUGUGCUCGGUAUCCUCAUGAUAUUGAUGAAAUGGACUUUCUUAGGGUUUUUAAUUGAGUGUCUGGGUAUUGUGGGGCUGUUUGGUGACUUCUUUGCUGUGAUAGUACAAUUCCUAAGAUCGCUACCUAUCAUUGGACCUGUCCUUUCUCACCCUGCAAUAGCGCCAUGGGUCGAUAAAAUUGCGGGUGUUCGUGUGUUGCCCGUGUAG